AGUGAGUAAUUAAUGACAGAACUUUCAUUUUUGGGUGCACUGUUCCUUUAAUAAUUCAUCUUUUUAAGCUCACUAAUAGCUGAUGUUCUCAAGUAUUCUAGUAGAAGUGUUCCUGUUAACUAUGAGCUGUGUGUUGUCAUGGAUAGACCGGAGCUCGUAGAGAGUUUCAAAGCCACUGGGACACUUUAAGGCAAGCAACCCACUGUGGACUCUUCUCAGCUGGGAGACAUCUGGCUGGAGGCUUAGAUGCCAUGUUGGAUGGUCCCACAUCCACCAAGACUCCAGCGUCCCCAAGCAUUGUUGCUCCCACAGCUACACACCAAUGCAACACUUUGGGAAGUUGCCGCCAGAACAGUACAUUAUGCAAACAAAGCUUCAGUUCCUCCACCCCUUGUGUCUGUAGCUCUUUUGUGAUUGACAGUGGAGAUGACAGUGAUGGGAGUUCAAUGCUGCAUACAUUCUCUCAAGCUUCCCCAUGGGUUCCAUCAUCAUCUUGCUGCUUUCAUGCUUCAAAUCCUCUUCCGAAACCUUUCAGAACCACCCCUCAUGCCCGAACCGCUCCCCCAAGCCCAAUGCACUGUCAUCGGGUAAGGGAGACCAUCACAUGCUCCCAUACAAACCCGGCAAAAGAGGAAGGUCUGAAUGAACUGCGGAAUACAUUGCAGCAGGCCACCAGCUGCAUGGAGCGCAGCUCUGAAAACGUCCACCUGCUUGGUGAGAGGAUGGCCGCUGCUACCGAACGCAUAUCUGAGAGCAUGCAGGAGAAUUCCCAGGCUUUGGCGAUGCUAACGCAUGUAGUGGAAAAGCUCCAGGAGCUGGUGUCCACAAACAACACAACAUCAGAAUCGCCACAUUGCACUGAGACUGCAAGUAGAGUGGUUAACCGGAUGGGUAGCAGAUCGCUCAGUGUUCCCACCAGUCCGGCUAUUGCCUCAUCUUCUCGCUUUUCUCACUGUCCUUCCUGCUCUUCCUCCUCAUCUUCAUCCUCAUCUGCCAUCACUUUGCUGGAGCAGUCAGUGCUAUCAAAGGGGAAGUCUUUUGAUCCCAAAACAAAGCCUUUACAAUCUUCUCAAAGGAGACAGGUUGACGUACAACACCGGAUGACCAAUGGCUCCUUGACGUCCAGCCCUGCCCAAAACCACAAAGUGAACAGCAGCGCAUUUAGAUGUUUCUUUAGCCAGAAGAAAAAGAAAAGCAAGAAAAAGGAAUAAGGCUACUUCCACGUUUCCACAGUUAUGAACAUCCUUUCAUAAUCUUGCUGUCUCAAGCAUGCAGGUCUUACAGCUUUUAUAUGUGUUUGCUCAUCCAAUAUGUCACCAUUGGUCCUUGAUGUUAUCAUUGUCACAUUAGUGCUUGUCCAACCUUUUUGAAUGUUUUGUUUGUUUUAUUGGUCAUUCUCACUGGUUUAACAUCUCCAUGAUUGUCUGUUCUCAUAUAAUCAUUUCUCUUUGAUUAUUCUUUUGAUUUUUAAAAGAUUUUCAUUCUUUUCAUGUAACAUUACAAUUCAGUUUGCCAUUGAAUAUUGUUCCUGGCAUGCCACUUUCAUGUUUUGUGCUUGAUUUACAUUAAAUUAAGUCAUGUAGGUGUUUAAAUUGAUAUCUGCUUUCUUCUAACAUAUAGGGAGC